GGUCUAACUGUCCUAUCGUAACGGCGAGUCGGGCGCGUUGCGGAACUUUGAGAUACAAGCAGUGGGAAUCAGCUGGGCCCGGAAGAAUGAUGUUCCCGCAAGCUCCAAAGAAUCGCGGAGCUGCAAGUGACGCCAGCGGGGUUUCAUCUUUCUGGCUUUUGGCUGAUUUUAUAGCUUGGGACUCGGCUUGAACAAGGAGAUUAUUAGGCUUUUUCAUUCCCUUUGACAAUGAGUUCCCAAUUCGCAAAUCGCCGAAAGCCCCGCAAAAUUGGUGGCGAUGAUGAGGAAAAUGACGCCGACGAGCAAGACUCUGGGCCUGUUGUCAAACGUCCUCCGACUUCGAAAACGAAGCAAAAGUCGAAGAUGCGCCUUUCGUUCGGCCCCGGCAGUACCUCGAUGGCCGACGAUGACGACCAGGAAAGCGAAGUUGUCAUUCCCAAACGACCUGGGCUCGCGAAACGGGCUAUAGAGAAGAGCGCAUUUCAGCGAUCAUUGACACCGUCGGGCGCAGGUGGUCAGAUCCCCCUCCGGGUAGGGCCUGAGCAGGAUAGGCCGAGUUACAACGACGAAUAUCUAAAAGAGCUCCGAAACUCGACACCCUCUACGCCGAAGCCCGCCGCUGAGGACGAAUCGGAGAAGACAAUUGAUGUGGCUGCCAAGUUUGGUGAGGUCAUGAAGGUUUCAACCCCUGCUGCUAUUCCCAGCGAAGCAGAGAUUAGAGAAAAGAAAGCUCGGAGAGCCCGAUUAGCGAAGGAAGAAGCGGCGCUUUCCACCGAGAAAGACUUCAUUUCCCUCGAGGAUGAUAUGGAAGAGGACGAUUGGGAUCUUCAAGCGCGGCGGGAGGAUACGAGGCUCGUCCGUGACGAUGAAGACUUCGCAGAAGGAUUUGACGAGUUUGUUGAGGACGGACGUAUAUCCCUUGGGAGGAAAGCAGAGAAAGAGCAAAAGCGAAAACAGCGGGAAGAAAUGCGUGAACUUAUUGAUGAUGCUGAAGGUCUGUCGGAUGAGGAUGAUUCGGACUUGGAGGAAAAAGCAGCGUACGACGCCAGUCAGGCACGAGCUGCUAUGGGUGCGAGCAGAGACCCUAUCGGCCGUCCGCGCACUCCGCCCAAGAUGACCUCGUUACCCCGUCUGUCGAACUCACUUGAGCGUUUGCGUAUGAACUUGGCGGUCCUAGAGAAGUCAAAGGCUCAGAUGAUCGACCGUAUGGAGGAACUGAGGAAAGAGAAGGCGGACAUAGCUGUUCGGGAAGUGGAAAUACAGGCUCUGAUCAAAGAAGCUGGAGAUAAUUACGAGAAGCUUAAGCAGGAGGCUGGAAUCACUCCUGGCUCGGAUGGGAACCUCUCUACAGCCGAUGAAAUGGCGAAUUCGCGAGGCUUGGAGGGUCUUGGAAAUUCGGUGACAGCAUCUGCGAACAACUCUGAGCAUGAAGAGCCUUGAUGCUUCAAAAAAUGCUUCAUUGACGCCUGCCGCACGGUCUGCGGUGGCUGCCUCUUUGAAGUCCCUGUCCAAGAGCAUCACCAUCGCUCUUUCCGAGACAACACCAGUUGCUCUUC